CCAAUUUAUUUUCACUUUCGGUUUGUGAAGUAUAACAAAUUUUUGAAACUCUUUUUGAGAGUAAAUUAUGGACAGAUAUGCCUAAAAAAGAUAAAAAGGAAGAUGAUAAGAAGGCAAUUGAAAGGCAGGAAAAGAUUCGAAGAGAGGAAGAAAAGAGAAAACAGGAGGACACAAAGAAAAAAUACACAGAAAUGACUAAAGAAUUUAAACAUUUGUGCACUCUAAUUCUAAGUAAAAAAUCUCCAAAAGAAUUGGAAGCGCUCAAGAAAGAACAAAUUAGUAUUGUUCAACAGCUGCAAAAUGAAAUUGAUAAUUUUUUGAAAAAACGGGGAGAAGAAGCAAAAACAACAGACGGUGCCAUUGGCAAAACACAAGAUCAACAUCAACUUCCUGAGCCGUCUGAGCCACCACCUGAUUAUGAUUGUUCGAGCGCAACAACCAACAAGUCAACAAGUGACAGACAAAAUGGAGGAAAGACAUGGAAUGCUGAUGAGGUGAAGUCCUUGGAAGCACGAUACAAAGAGGAGAGGGACAAACUAAAUUGGUCCCUAAAAGAUGCAAACAACAGGAGAGAACAAUACGAAAGGGAGAGAAGGGAACAGAACGAAAAAAUAAAAAUAUUAGAGCAAAAGAUUAAGGAGACGGAAUUCUACAAAAAAGAAAAAGAAAAGAUGCUAGAAAAAGUCAGAUGCGAAAUAGAUGCACAAAAAAGGGAACACGAUUUAGUAGAAAACGCAUUGAAAAGUAAUUUACAAAGCCAUCAAGCACAAGUGAAGAAACUCUCAUUGGAGAAGAAAGAAGCGUUGACUAGGCUCAGCGAACUUGCAGGAAGAAAACUUUUGGACAAUAAUCCAAACAUUGCAGAUCUUAGCACGGAAAUUCGACCAACAAAAAUAGGUGAAAACUUUAUGCAGGUUUAUGACAACGAGUGGACCGACGCUUUUGAAGAACUUGGGCAAAAUGGUCAAGAUGAUAAGAAAUGCAUUGAUUCUCUCCUAAAGAUACUUAAAGAAGCAUUUGAACAUACAGAAAUAAAAGCAAAGAACUUCGACGCAAAGAUGAUUUCAAUAAUUUCAUCGUGUUCAGUAAAUCAGAGAGAAGACAAAACUGAAGAAAACAUCACUAAAGAAGAAACAGGACUUAUCAGACAGCUCAAAAAAUUAUCUGCUAACAGGACAAAAACCUCAAUACAAGAUGAAUUUGUCAAAGAAAGAACAUGGAUCAAAUGGCAGAAGAGCAAAAUAUUCGCGGAAAAAUGUGUAGAGAUGUGCUGGUAUAUGGCCAUUCAAACACCACCAAUGGCACUGAUGUUUGAUAUGAUGCACAUGCACCCAUUUGAUGAAAAAUACUACAAGAAGUAUAUGACCUCAGGGGAUAGAUAUGAUUUCUUAGUAUGGCCGUGUACUCUACUACACAAAGAUGGUCCCAUUGUGGCAAAAGGCAUAGCUGAGGCCACAACGACCGAUGCAGCCCAAACAGAAACUCCAGUCCCUGCUGCCAACGAUACAGAACAAGACAAACAGAACCAAGUAGGCGCCCCAGCCAGUGAGCAUGGAAGGGGAUAUGGAAGGGAGAUAAAAACAGCGGAAGAAUCCGCUCGUGAUCUGAAAAACGGAGACAGGGGCGACGGGAAAAUAAAAAGUCCACGUUUGCCCAAAGGAGACACUUCUACCAGUAAUUCCUAUCCGGAACAAGAAGGUUCGGUAGUUAAAGACUCUAGGGAGAAUACUCCAAGUGGGAACGGGAGUAAACAAAACGGAUCCAAGGGGGACUUUGUUACAAAACUCAAUUGCAAGAGCGGAACAAAGUUAUAACUGUGCUUUUAUAACAAAAAACUUUCCUAGAUUCCUAAAGGCAAGUUUUCUCCAGAAAGAAAAAUUUAUGCGUCUAUCAAACUGUAAUACAUUUCAAAAGGACAAAACGUCGUACAAAGAAGUACGCAGAAGUUUGUUUAUAAAAAGUUCGAACUGUCAGGUACACUUGCAAUAGGUAUUUUUAAAAGAACAUAAUAUAUUUUAAGGAGUGUGUCUAUAGUUAAAUUUUGCUUUGAACAUUAUUUAUUGUUUGUUGUUGUGAACAGAUGGGUUAUGUACAAGUUCUGGAAACUUAAAACGCAGUUACUACAUGUAUAGCUGAAAACAUAAUACUGGUAUAAUGACCUUUUAUCUAAUUAUAUCGAUAUCAUAGUAAUCAAAAGUCAUAAUCAUUAUCGUUUAAAGAAAUAGAUGUUUAAUACCAGUAUCUAAUCCUUAUCUUGUGUUAAUUCUAACUAGCAUAUUAUCUCUAUUAAUCGUAUAUCGAAGGAGAUCAGAAUUACAUGUACGACCAAACCACGAGUUAUGGCAAUCUGGGCAUCAUAAGGGCGCCAAUAAUGGAGAAUAUGUCUCUGUGUAUCAUUACGGCGCCAAUAAUGGAGAAUAUGUCUCUGUGUAUCAUUACGGCGCCAAUAAUGGAGAAUAUGUCCCUGUGUAUCAUUAGGGUGCCUUUACUUGAGAAUAUGUCCCUGUCUACCAUUAGGGUGCCUAUAAUAGAAAAUAUGUCCCUGUGUAUCAUUAGGGUGCCUAUAAUGGAGAAUAUGUUCUGUUCCAUUAUUUCAUGAGUGGUCAAUUUGUAUAAUUAUGUAAAACUUGCCCGAUAUCUAUGAAUUACAUAUUCAUUUUAUCAACUGUAUACUUUAACAGCAGCUAUUGACAUAUAAUGUUUACUUGUAUGAACUGUAAACCAGAAAAUUGGACAUUGCUUAUUGUAAUUUUAUUCAGAAUUUUUUUAAUAUUGAUACAUGUGUACACAUCUAUUCAUUGCCUUGUUAUCGCAUGGGAAUUUUUAUUAAUAUUCUCUCUCUCUCUCUCUCUCUCUCUCUCUCUCUCUCUCUCUCUCUCUCUCAAAUCAAAAUUAAAUAAUAAUUCUAAUACAAGUACAAUGUUUACAUAAUAAUUGCAUAUAUUUCUCACGUUGACUUUGUUUUGUUUAUAUUUCAUUACACUUUACAUUCAUACUGUACUGUAUCUAUACACAAAAUGCAAAAAGAAUAAUGUACUAUAAUUUCAAGUUUACAAUCAAUAAAGAAACAAGUAAAGAUGUA